AAACGACCGUUUUAAUGUUAUUUACUCAGUCUGAAUUAACAACAGAACGUUGUUGGUUGUACGGUAUUUGAUAGCUUUAAUAAGAGAUGGUAUCAGGAUGUAUAAGUACCAGUUGCUACUGACAAUUUACAUUAAAUUCAUAAAUAACAUCAGUGGGAAUGACAUCGAAAUUUGUCCAAAAUCAUGGAAUAUCACUUGCGACUGUGAAAAGAUCGGUGACGAACUUCUCCAGUUUUAUUGUCCGCAAAAAAACAAUGUAAAAAUUAAUGUGUCAUUGACAUUUGACUACAUCAAAUUGGAAUGUGAUAAAGCGAUGAGUGUGAAGGAUUACGAAGCGAUACCUUCAAUAAAUCUUUCGGCCAUCAAAGGUUACUAUGGUUUCAGUCGUGAGAAAUUUGUUAUUAAAAAUUGUGUAAUACCGCCUAACGGAUUCGAGGAUAUUGUUGGAAAAUUCAAUGGUACGAUAAAGCCGGACAAGCUGUUCCUCGAUGAGUCUCUACCAUUUGAUCAUAAAUUUCAUCGUGAACAUUUUAACGGGUUCGUUGGAAUUAAUAGACUAGUCGUUAGAAGUACAGAAACGUUAACGCUAUCAUUAAAUACUUUUCAAUAUGUUGCGAACAUUACUAUGCUGGACGUGACUCUUCCUAAUUUCCGAGACAUGAAUGGUGAAUUAUUUCAAAACCAACGAAAACUAGAAAAAUUAAGGUUAAGGCAAACGCCUAUAGAUUUUACCAAAGAAUUAUUUACCAAUCUCUCUUCGAUCAGUCAGCUUUACAUAGAAAAGUCCGUCAAUACACUUCAAUCUAAUGCAUUUGAGUUGCUCCUUCAUGUUGUUGACGUAAGAAUGGUGCAAAACAAUUUGACAACAUUGCCGGCUGUAUUAUUUCAUUCUAAUGUCCACUUAAAUACAUUAAUGAUUAUUGAGCCUGACUUAAAAGAACUGCCACAUGAUUUACUAGUGAACCUCAAACACUUGACUGAAUUUAUUUUGUCAUCCACAUCAAUUGUAACCAUUCCCGGCGAUUACUUCGAAAAAACGAAUCAAUUAACCUCCAUAGACAUGAGAGACAAUAAAUUGGAGUUUUUACCGGAUAGGAUAUUUCGUAAUUUAAAUGAAUUAGCCACAAUCAAUUUGGCAAACAAUAAAUUUACAAGAUUAUCUACAUCUCUGGUGUCUGAGUUAUGGUCACUUCAAUCAUUGGAUAUAAGUCGAAACAACCUAAAGACAUACCCCAUUCUUGUCAAUGCUCCAUUAUUGGAAUAUUUGGAUCUGAGCCAUAACCAAAUUGAUCGAUUUAGUUCGGCUGAUUUGAGGUUUAAUGUACCGUCAUCGAUUUAUUUGACCAACAACAACAUAACAACAAUUGAGUUCUCCGAUAUCCAGCACAACCUGUACGUCUCAAACAAUAAGACGAUCGAACUGCACUUAGAUGGAAAUCCUAUUAAUUGCGACGACAGACUACUAGAUUUCAUUCAUCACAUGGAAAAUCCUAAUAAAUUGUUGGAAUUUAAAGUUGUUGAUGGCGAAUGCUCUACACCUUCUGAUUUAAAGAAACAUCAGCUGUCAGAAAUUUACUUCAAUGAUAUCGUCCAUCAGAAAAGCGAUUUUUGUUCGGUAUAUUGUUCACGCGCGUGUGAUUGCAAUUUCCGACGCGAAGAUAAAAUGCUCGUUAUGAAUUGCACUAAGGAAGGAUUGAGCCACUUAGAUCGUUUUCCUAAUACUACCGGACUUGGUUACAAAUAUAUUGAAUUGCUCUUCGCGAAUCAAAAUGUGACUGAAUUCCCGAAUCUAAGCCAAGUUCCAGGGAUGGAAACAGUAACUGUUAUCAAUGCUAGCAACAACAACAUUCAACGUUUUUCAUUUGAGACAUUUUUUAUCAAUUGGCAAAGGUUAGAUUUGUCCAACAACAAACUAGUUUCACUCGACAACGAUUUGAUAAGAUCUUGGAAUGAAAGUAAAAAGUUGGAGAAACUGUGGUUGAGUGGCAAUCCAUGGGAAUGUAGUUGCGAUACACGUUUGAUGCAAAUGUUCAUUUUUUCAAAGGCAACCAGAGUACCCAAUUAUUUUGAAAUCACCUGUGCCAACAAGGCAGGACAAUCACUUUUGGACAUAGAUUUAUGCAGAGAUCGUAACAUCGCCAUUAUCGUCCUAUGUUUAUCUGCUCUCUUCGUCACUCUUCUUUUCACAUUUUACUAUAAAUAUCGUGAAUUGAUUAAUGUAUGGCUCUAUGGCAAAUUUGGACGGUCGAUCGGUCAAUAUUUAUCCGACAAACCCUUCGAUGCAUUCAUUUCAUACGCAGAACCAGACUGUAAUUAUGUAUUCAACCAUAUCGUACCAGCUCUAGAAAAUGGACCGGAACAUUAUCGAUUGUGCAUUCAUACGCGUGACUGGAUUGCAGCACCUAUAAUGGAACAAAUCUACGAAUCCGUACACAAUUCGCGAUAUACAAUCAUUGUGUUGAGUGGAAACUUCUUACGUUCAACAUGGGGUGUUGCUGAGUUCAGAGCAGCACAAGUUCAAGCGAAUAAUGAAAGACGCUCCAAUAUCAUUAUGGUCAUGUAUGGUGAUGUCAGCGAUGACGAUGUUGAAAAUGGCGCUAAAGAAAUGCAGGCAUAUCUGCGUGCAAAUACAUAUUUGAAAUGGGACGACCCAUGGUUUUUGAAAAAAUUGAGAUACUCGUUGAGGCGUAGCAGAAGGGAGAGAAGAGUCCGACGCACAUACGACGAUCAUGCGAUUGAAAUGACUGUUCAGUAAAUUGACUGAUUCAUUGGAUGUUUCAAUAAAAUGUUUUUUGUGUGGCCAUGACUGUAUGCUUAUUUUUUGCGUCGAAUGAUGAUCAUCAAAACG